GGGUGUUCACAGUGCGCAUGUGUAGACAAUGAUCUGUGCUGCGGUGGAAGAGGGGCUGGAGACACACAACUAUAGAGAUGGCGCGGCAUCCGACCGGAGCGCAAGGACAGCUGGUUGGCGGUGGGGGGGCUUGAAUUAUAAAGGGAAUUUAAAAAAAAUAAUAAUCAUUUUAAAAAACAACAAAAAUCAAGGGGAAAUCAAGGAUUCGGAGAAGAAGUUUUCAUUCUACAAAACAGCGUCAGAGGUAGGAGAAUAUUUGUGAAUAAAAGGACAUAGAGCAAAGGAGGCUGCUGCAAGAAGAAGAAAAAGCAACAAUAGAAAAUUGAACUUUACUGGAGGUGAGGACUUCUGGACGCCAGCUAACUGCGGUAAAUCAGAUAGAUGGUUUGUCCGGAGCGCUGCCCGGAUCAUGAACGCACAGCUCUCGAUGGAGAAUAUUGGCGACAUGCACGGAGUGAGCCAUGAGUCCGUGGCCGGUCACGGGGAGCUGCUGAGUGGCCACAGUCCGCAUGCCCGUCCGAGCCCCCGGGGUCUAAGCCACCGCGCCAUGGGCAUGGCAACCCUCCUGGACAGCGGAGACUAUCACCACGGACACCACGGACACCUGCAUCCAGCCAUCAGCAUGUGUGAAGCCCCCCCUGGCAUGAGUGCAAGCAGCACUUACACCACCCUAACCCCCCUGCAGCCCUUACCCCCCAUCUCCACCGUGUCCGACAAGUUUCCUCCCCAUCAUCACCACCACCACCACCACCACCAUCCCCAUCAUCCUCACCAUCAUCCCCACCAGAGGAUCCCCGGAAAUGUCAGCGGCAGCUUCACGUUAAUGCGAGAGGACCGGAGUCUGGCGCCUAUGAACAGUCUGUAUCCCGCAUAUCAUCACAAAGAUCCCUGCAUGGGCCAGAGCCUCUCCCCGUUGUCUGGUUCCGGUCUGGCCAGCAUACACACGUCCCAAGCCGGUAUCCCUCCCUACGCUCACCCCGGUGCCGCCAUGCCUGGUGAGAAGAUGCUCACCCCCAGCGGGUUUGAGGCUCACCACCCGGCCAUGCUCGGUAGACACACGGAGCAGCACAUGAGCUCCUCGGCGGGCAUGGUACAAAUCAACGGCCUCCACCACCACCCGCACGCACACCUUGGCGCGCAGGGGCAUGGCCAGGGGCUAGGGAACAGCCGGGAGCAGGCCUCCGGGCCAGGGCAGCAAGGGGGCGGUGGUGAGGGAGGUGUUUCUGGGGGCCAGAUGGAGGAGGUGAAUACCAAAGAGGUGGCGCAAAGGAUCACCACGGAGCUGAAACGCUACAGCAUCCCUCAGGCCAUCUUUGCCCAGCGGGUCCUGUGCAGGUCCCAGGGGACCCUGUCCGAUCUGCUAAGAAACCCCAAACCCUGGUCCAAGCUCAAGUCCGGUAGAGAGACCUUCCGCCGCAUGUGGAAAUGGCUGCAGGAGCCUGAGUUCCAACGCAUGAGUGCGCUCAGGCUCGCAGGUGAGCGAAGCCUCGCAUGUAAGCGUAAGGAACAGGACCACGGCAGAAGUGAGCGGGGGAGUGUGUCUAAGAAGCCCCGGCUGGUGUUCACAGAUGUGCAGCGGCGGACGCUCCACGCCAUCUUCAAGGAGAACAAGCGUCCAUCCAAAGAGCUACAGAUCACCAUCGCCCAGCAGCUGGGCCUCGAGCUGGCCACGGUCAGCAACUUCUUUAUGAACGCACGUCGCCGGAGCCUAGAUAAGUGGGUGGACGAUGGCUCCGGUCACCCAGCCAACUCUGGCCCCAACGCCUGCACCAAAGCCUGAAGAAAGACUGAUUUGACCAACUCAUGGACUGACUCAACCUCGGUGGAAAAGCUUUAAAACUUAAGAGAAACAAAGAGAAACAUAAAAAGACCUUGAAGCAACGUUUUGCCCUUAAACCUGUACUAUAUUGAUAUUUAUAGUAUCCAAAGAUGAAAAAACAAACCAAAGACUUCUUGUUUGACCUGCUUUGAAAUGUUUCUUUCAGCAACACAUUUACGUGUAACAUACUGCAAAAAGACUAUAGUUUACCCCCCUUCACACACACUUAAUGUCACUGGUCUCUAGCUUUACUACACCCCACACCUCCCCACCCAGUAUCAAUCUAUCAUUCACCAUCCUUAUCUUUAAUCUGACUGGUUGGUUUUAAUGAUGGGUCCCUAAAUGGAGGUUUAAUCAGCCUAUUGGCAGUCUGUUCUGCAGCUGUCCACACCCUUAAAAAACAGAAAGAAUGUGGAGCUCCGGUGGGAUUGGCCAAUCAACUUUAAAGACAAAAAAAUCCUACAGGAGCGACUGGAUUGUUGUGCGACCUUGUUUGAAACAGUGGCGGUGGACUGUCUGACUGUCUGUCUGCCUGUCCAGCUCUCUGUCUUUCUAUCAAGCAUUCCAGACAGACGGGGAGAUGCCCGUGCGUAGACUGCUAACCCAAAACCAAAUAUCCCAACCCUGAACCAAACCAAGAACCCCAAACCAAAAACCCACAUGGUAGUGCUUUCUUCCAACAUGCUGAAGCGUUGAAUAAUUCAAACAAGAGAAACCAAAGCCUUCUUCACCCUGAAGCCUCUCAUGCAGUUUAGAAAAAAAUCCACUUCAGAACCUGAUAUGACGUAAUUUGACCAAAGAGUAUUUUUUGUAGCUGAUAGUGGCCUAAAACUGUUUGUACCUCAUUUCCUCCCUUACCUCCUGAGACAGACUGUUAGUUAGGCGUCACAAAGAAAAGAAUGUCACAUCUUUAGUUCCAUACACCAUUUUGUGUCAUAUGUUCCUUGCAGGUGGAAAUAUUAUAUGACACAACCCUGAAAAUCAACUAUUAACAUUUGCCUUAUAGAUGCCUUUUUUGAAUCAAUCUAAAUGUUCCAGUUCGGCCUGUAACUUCACAGAGUCUAGAGAAUGUUCCUGCAAAUGAUCAUUGUGAAAGUGAAUCAUUACAGAAACAUACUUUCCCGUCAUUCUGUUUAGUUAAUUUCUCCGGAUCUUGCUCAAGCUCAUGUGUUCAAAUACUAGCAGCUGGCAAACAAAGACUUAUCCAUUCAGUCGUGUGUUUUCUAUGUAAAUGUGAAAACAAAAGCUGGCUCUCAUGCAGUGUGUUCUUGACACAGCGAGAGAGACAGAAAGCCUCUGAUGGGUGUUUUUUUAGGACAAACUGUGUCACCACUCUAAUAAUAAGCAUCAGCAUCCCUGUGUGCUUCAUACAUAUUUGAUUUUAUCUCCUCAUCAAAGAUCUUGGGUGGAGGGGAUGAUAUAAACGUUCAAAUCCCUUUCAGGCACUUACACAGCAAUGUCACCUCGUCACCUGAAUACAAAAGCACCCCACCCUGCCUGUUGCCAAUGCCCAGAGCCCUCACCCCACCCAUCCUGCCUCCGCUCUCCUGGUAAGCUAUGCAUUUCAGCACUAGGAGGAAAGCACUACACAGAGCUGGCCCAGGGCAGCCUGUCAUUAAAUAUAUGCCGUCAUCCUCCUCAUGGCCAGGGUUAGCAGCUCUACAUUCAUCAGAACAAGUGCUGAAGGAGAGGCAAGAGAGAGCUGCUUCUUCACCUCUGAAAGAAAAAACUAAAAGAAGACAAGAAACAAAAAUGUGUCAAGACCUGCUGAUGUUUUAUAGUGUGAACCAAAGAUGCUACCUCACUCAAGUUCCAUACGUGAUUUCUAUCACUUUGAUGAUACCAAAGAUAACCAAAGAUUUUUUCUCAUUGCACGGCCUCUAUGAGUGGUGUUAAAAAAGAUGUUGUAUGCCUCCCCUUCCCCCGCCUCCUUUCUCUGUCUCUUCCUUUCCUCUCCCCUUUCUCCUGCACUCAACCCAUGCACCCCUGCUAUGUGUGCUCUUGCUUCAUCUGUGCUCUGAUUACAGCUCCAUAGAUAGUCAUGCUGAUGUAGCUAUAGGCAGAUAUGCUGAUCUAGCCAUAGAUACACACAAGCGGCCAUGUAGGUGCCUGCGGGGUACAGAGGACUCUCUAGCCAUGUGAUCAGUCUUUCUUUGUCCUUGGUAGCAGUACCACAUUAUUAAUUUCUACCACAAAAUGUAAAAGCUGACAUUGUGGCUACACAAAAAAUUGAAUUUAAUACGAUUAAUUUCAAAACAACCUAUGUGAAUGUGUGGGAGUACCCCGCUGGAGUGUCUUUUUUUGCAGCUUUUUUUCUACUCGGCCCUCCCUCUUAGUGUGUAUCUAUAGGUUGAGAAUAUUGAUCCACCAAAUAGGUCAGACGUCUUUGCAUGAUAAUAGGCAGACAAGCUGACAUAGCCAUGGGGAGAAUUGUUGACUCAACUAUAGGCAGACAUGUUCCUGAAAGUAGAAGCAGACGUGUUGCAAUCUUUCUAAAACUCCCAGGACGAGUGCCUUGCUUGAACCAAAGUGUUAUACCGCUGUUGACCUCUCACCUUUGACUCUGUGAAUACCUCAGCCUGUAGAAGGGCCACUACUGAAGAAACAAGGAAAAGUUUUUUUUUUUUUUAAAUCACACCGUGGUGCUUUCGCCAGCGCAACCAUGCAAUGAUAACAUACCAAAGGAAUUUCUCUUGUCCACUUCUACAGAUUAAACCAAAGGUCUUUGUUUCUCCUCUCCCCUGCCCCCUUUAACCCCUCCAUCCCUCCUUACCCUAACCUUCCUUGUCUCUCAGCUGUGUGUGGGAAGGUUCAGCACUCUGGCCGUGCAUGUCUUUACCAAUGUCUCUGAAUACCUCAUAGUAAUAAUUCCUUUGAGUUCUGCAUUGAGAAUUCUAUCUGAGAGUAAGGCAGAACUCCACUCGUGUGGUAAGUGUUAUUGUUACUUCAAAAAGCUGUAUGAUUAUCUAUUUUGAAGUUGUUGUUUUUUUUGGCAGGAGUGCUCUGUUUCAAGUCACGGAGGACACGUUUCAGGGUUGAUGUUUGAAACUUAAGGGAUGGAGGGAGAAGCGUAUUUUUUAUCAGACAUUGGGUUAUGCCAAUAUUAUGAUGGUAGACUAUUGCUUUUACAGGGUAAAACCAACUGCUGUGAUAUUGUGUUCAUAUUUUCCAUUUCUCUACUUCCGUGUUGUGAUUUUAAUUUAAUUGCAUUUUUGUAAUGGUUAACCACUGCUUUAAUUUAUGCAUUUGUAGAAACUCUAGAUUUGUAUAUAGUAGGUUUUUGAAAAACAAACAAACAAAAAAGACAGUUUUAUGUUACAGCCUUAUUUCCCAUGCUUAGAUAUAAAAAGGAGUAGUUUGUAUUCUUCUUCAGCUAAAUCCUAGCCGGCAUUUCAAUGUGUUUUAAACACUGCCAGAAACCCAGACAGUUGAUUUGCCAAGGCAUACAAAGUUAUACAGGAGCUAUUGUUGAACAGCUGGCAAAAAGCAGUGUGUACGUGUAUGUGUUUUUAAUAUUAUUUUGACUUUUUAAAAAAAACGGUUAUGGGUAUUACUGCACAUCCAAAGAUUUUUAAAACAAACCAAAAAUUGGAAAAAAAUAUGUAUAAUGUUGAAAAGCACUGGAAUUUGUGAGGUAGACUUGUUGAGUUUUGAUUUGCCAUUCGCACGGGUAUAGAAUGUAGAAGGCGUAGGGCUGUGUAGACAAGCUUACUCUACCAUGUUGGGAAUCUCCUGUUCAAUGUACAAUCGGAAGCAUUUGAAACGAGGGCUGCAAGUCCCGCUCACUUUGCUGUCUCAUGCACAGAGUGAGGUGGAGUGGAGGCUGGGCAGCCGGUCUGCCAGGGGCUGUGCCACGGAGCCGGGUCUGUUUUUAUUGCUGUGGCAUUGCCGCCUCGCUCCAUCUAGUAUCUGUUCUUUUGGUACGUACUCGUGUAAUGACUAUGAGCAAAGUCUAAUAAAACUGCAAAGAAACUUACCAAGGAAUCAGUGUGUGAGUGUGUAUGGGGACGAUCACCUGCUCAUUUAUUUAUCUGCCUGUGGAUGAGGGCGAGUGUGUGCAACUCAAAUGUCAAGUGCUGCUGAGGUAUGUAAGUUUUGUCUGUGUGCUCAUUUGCAUGUGUUUCUUUACUGUGUGUUUGUCUAUUGUUGAAAUCAGUAUGCACUGCUGGUGUGUAUGCAUGUGUGUGGCUGAUAGGUGCAUAUCCCAACAGUAGGUUUGACUCCCUUGGGUUGUCAGAGGCCUUACUGUUAGUACUGCGUCCUCUCUGUCAUGCAGACAGCACAGUAUUUGCAUGUUAAGCAGUUUUUUUUUUACCAAAGUACAGGUGUUAAUAUAACAGUCAUGAAGGCCUGUGUUAAAGAGGGAAUGGAUGAUGCAGUGUGGUUCUUUGUUACCCCAUUUUCACAUUUUCUGUUAUUAAUUUUGUUCAUAAGGAGUUCCUAUAUGAUUGGUAGCUUGGCUACAAGUCUCAAAACAAUACUGCGGCGCCUAAGACAAUCAUCUGGAUCUCUUACGCUGGGGAACUAGUUUCUCACCCGCAGAGGGGUGUCCUCCAGCUAUUCAUAUACAAAGAUGCUUGAAGGGUUUUGAUAAACAAGCAUAUUUGUUGUCAUAGACAUUUAGAAGUAGAUUACAGUAGUAGUUCAUCUUGUACUUGGAUUUCCAAAUGAAAUCUCAUUGCUCUCUUCAGCCUUGUGCGCUUGUCGACCUUGAUCUCUUUCUUUUGACAUCCUUCUCAACUCACAAUGCUUCUUUAGUGUGUGUGUGUGUGUGUGUGUGUGUGUGUGUGUGUGUGUGUGUGUGUGUGUGUGUGUGCCAGAGAGGCAAUACUGACAGUAUUACUCUCAGAUGUAUAACUCCAUGUCUCAUGACUUGAUUUGUCAUUGCUGUUUCCCAGGCUUUGCUACUGCUUUCUCAGUGCCGUGCAAUAUCAUCUGUUGUGAUUGCUAAGCAAAUGAAAAAAGAAAAAAAGAAAAUUGAGAAGCAAGUGAUGAUGUCAUCCAGCUUUUUUCAGUGUUCAAAAAGUUUCAACAUUUCUGUAGUCACAAAAAGUAGAAAAUAAACUGUUGGUAUUUCCAGCUUCUGAAUCCUG